AUGGCUGAGCACCCAGGAAUUUUUCUCAAUGUGGUCAAAGUUGUAACUCCACCAGGGACAUCUUUGGCCUUUGGUGCUAGAUUAGUUGGGGUGUCAUCAAACAAGUAUAGGAAAACAGUUGAUGCGGUUGAUGACAAUAAUUAUGCUGAUAAAAAGCAGGAUGAUGAAUUGUGGAGUAAGUUUUUAAGUGCAUGCAACAACAACCAAGAGUCAAUGAAGUAUGAGGAAAAGCUAGUGCAGAGUAAAGGAGAUAUUGAGACAACAUUAAAGGAUAUGAAGAGAAGCAACCUAAUAUUGGUUGGUAGAAUGCCAUCAGUGGCACCUUUGGGUAGCCAGAGUGAUUGUCCAGAGCUUGGACCUGUUGGAAGCUUUUUGGCUUCUUCAGAUUACUCCACCGUUACAUCAGUUAUGGUAAUUCAACAAUACAAUCCCUCCACUGACAUUCAUCCAUUGGUGAUGGAAGAAUCUGAUUUCCCAGAAAUGUCAGAUACACCAAGAAACUUGACACUUGGAAAAGUAAAAGAUGGUGAAGAAUCUAGAAAGAAUGUACAACAGGGUUCGCCAUAUGGAGCUACCAGUGUGACAGAUACCAUUUCUAAAUUAGAUAUUAAUGCACUUGAGGUUGUCACUUGCAACCUCCCUGAAUCAUUGAUUGACGUGUUCUUAGAGGAGGUUGCCAAAUCUCUUGAAUCGUAG